AUGUCCAGGCAUAACAUGUUUUGCAUGAUAAGGCUCCGCGAAGAACUGGAAGCACUAGGAUAUCAUGACAAAGAUACUCUUUUCGGAGCUCCUUACGAUCUACGGCGUGCUCCACCAACCUCGGGCCAGCCAUCUCAGGUGUACUCCGACUACUAUGCUCGUGUCAAGGAUCUGGUGCACCACGCAAGUGAGAAGAAUGGGAACAAGCCGGUCAUCCUCAUUGGUCAUAGCUUCGGCAGCAGGGUCAUCCUCGAUUUCCUCAACUCAACUUCCCUGUCAUGGAGGCAAAAGCUCAUCAAGCAUAUGAUUGUCAUCUCACCCACGCCUUCUACAGGCUUCACCCAGGUGGUCACGAACCUUGCAUCCGGACCCGCCGAUGUUAUUGCUGUUCCAGCCGUUCCAUCGCUUGCUUUGCGGCAAAUGUGGAGGGCCUUCGAGAGUUCCCUUCUGUCCCUGCCAUCUCCUGCUGUUUUUGGUCACAAGCCGCUCGUGAUCACCAAAAACAGGAACUACUCAGCAUACGACUACCCGCAUUUUCUUGCAGCACUCGGUUUCAGCACCGACGAAGUUGUGCCCUUCACGAAACGGGUGCUUCCGACAAUGCUGAGGGUUGAUGCGCCAAUGGUACCAACAACAUACCUCAAUGGAGCCGGCGUACAAACGAUGGAACAUGUGAUGUAUUGGGAAGGUAACUUUGACGUUGCCCCAGUGAUCGUGCAUGGCGACCGAGAUGGGUGCAUCAAUUUGGUUAGCGUGUUGUCGUUCGCCAAGGAACUGCAUAGGCAGCAGCGGCAGAAUAACAUACACUUCAAGUUCGUCAAGAUUGAUCAUGCCACACACUAUGAUAUUGCUAGUCGAGAGCAUUCACUUAGAAUAAUUAUGAAUGAAGUUCUCGAAGCAAAUUGCUCAAGAGUCAAGGAUGUAGCAAUUCCCAAAGAAGCAGGAGCACCGGAGCUGCUGAGCAGAGCAGAGCAGGCGAGCUGGAAAGCGUUCCUCCGGGGCAAAGGUGCCCUGGACGGCUAG